AUGGAAAUAAACCACCAGAUUUCAAAAGAGCUGAAUAAAAAAUUUAGAAAUGAAAAUACAAAUCUCAAAAACAGAUUACAUAGCAUAUUAUUAGAUUAUGACUACAUUAAAAACUAUAUACUCCCUACAUACUAUCCCAAAUUUCCUAUUAUCCCGAACCAAAGAUGUGGUUUGUGGUAUUUACCACCAGAACUAUAUUGCUCUUUAAAUGCUUCUGUAUAUUUUAAAAGCACUGAUGGCCAUACCAAUAUUUGGGAAUUUAGUACAAGAAGAACUAAUUUUCAUCUUUUCCAAAUUCUGCUAAAUGGUAAUGGUAGUAGUGGCAGCGGUAGUGGUGUAGUUAUAGUGGAUAGUACUAGACGGGGCAAGAAAUUACCUGAUUCAUUAAGUAAAACCAUUCCUAUAUGGUGUAGUGUAAUAAAUUGUAUCAUGAAUGGAAACGAUAAUCAAAAUUCUGAUGACUUGGGGCUAUAUUUACCUCCGGAAACUGUUUCAGCAACUGAAGCAGGGCAAAUUAGACAGAAAAUAACAUUUUUAGUUCAAAAAAUAAAAGAGAAAUUUCCUCAAAUUGUUAAAACAUGUCAAGCUUUUAAAAACGACAGUAGCCAUAAUAAUGUGUCGCGCGUCAUAUUAAGACCAAUUUGGUGUUAUCCAGGGUCUAAAAUGAAUAUGGAUCCAUUCACAGGGAAAAUAAUACCAUGGGAAAAUACAAACAGUAAUGAUGCUAAAAGUGAUGUCAAGAUAUAUACUAUUGUUUGCUGUUGCUGUAGUUACCAAUGUCAAGACGGGAUAGAUAAAAGAAAUGGCUUUACAUAUGUUCAAGGUGCAGCAGAUGACCAUGAGUCAUGGAGUCAUGGUUUAGAACCUUUAGAUUUUUGGUUUAAUCUUGAAAAAUUGGGAGACAUAAGAAAAAGCGAUGAGGAAUUGAUUAGUUUGAUUAAGAAUGAAAUUAAACAAAAAACCUUAAGGAAUAUCAUUUCUCCUGUUAAUAACACGUGUGAGAUUGUAAAAGAUGCUAUUUAUUUAUCUUCGGCGCUUGCAAAAAUACCAAUCUCUUAUUCUUUAGUUAUAAAUUGUAGUAGCAAAAUAUUGGAGGCAUCAGAUAAUAACACAGUAGUGAAAAAUUACCCCACCUUAAUUAGUGGAUCUAAAAAAAGUGGUAAACUAUUAAGAUCCUUGUUGAUAGAAAUUGUGCCUAUCAUAGAAUUAGCAUUAUCAAAAUGUAAUAAUGAUAUUAGCAGUGACGGCCCAAUACUUAUUAGCUGUGAUACAGGUACAGAUAUUGCACCGGGUAUUAUCUUAACUAUUUUAAGUCUUCAUUUUGAAAUAUUGGAUGAUGAUCAUGGGUGGGGAAAUUACUCUGAUUCAAAAAAGGAUAUUAGCAAAACAGUUAUUAAACAGCAUUUAAUCAAGUUGAUUGAUCAAUGUAGUCCCUUUUACCAAAUAAAUCCUAGUAGGGCCACUUUAAACAGUGUAAAUGCUUUUUUAAUGUAG